AUGGACCAACAACCUCAGCAGACCCGUCCGCGGUCCAAGUCCACCUUCAGCUUCAAGAGCCAAAACAGCCACUCUAGCGACCCCAACCGCCACGAGAAGAAGAAUUCGGUCUCCGAUCAUCAGAGGAAGGUAUCAGACAGCUACAAGCCCCAUUUGACAACCUCCGGCAAGGCGGACCCGAAUGCUGCCAUGAACGAAUCCCAGCCCAUCGCCGCCGCGCUCGAGAAGCCCACUUUGCAGUCCCUCCGCUCGUUCCAGCACACAGACAAGGAUGGAGUCCCUAUUGCGGAGCCCGAUCUUUCCAACCCCACGCGCUCACGAUGGGAACGCCCACUCGAUACGAUCCGCUCCUUCGAGGCGGCCAUUGAUACUGAGUAUAGGAGAAGAGCACAUACGGUCCGCGACUCUUCCACAGAGGUGAUGAGUGGCUACAACAGUCGGAGGAGCAGCUACUACGGCGGCGGAGGUAACUACGAUCAAGGCCGUUUCUCGCAAGCCAGCGGUUAUUUUGGCAGCCGACAAGCUGCGCGCGACAGUUAUCAUGAUAAUGGUCUUGGUAUGGGUGGACCCGUUGGCGGCAUGGGUGGACCUCCUCGAACACGGUACAACCGCAUGCAGUCCGAUCCCGGGUGGAACCGCUACCCUCACGGCAACGGCAAUGGAGUCUAUCCUGUCCAAGGAUACCAGCAAUCUCGCGACACAGUAAACACGAACGGAUCGAACGGCAGCCACAGCGAACCUUACUCCACAGAACCCAGCAGUGAAAAUAGCUCGAUUGAGCGCUCAGCAGGUGGGAUGAAACCCGACGCAGGCGAGCAAUACGGGUUUAAUGGCUUUGGCGGAGGACCGAUUUUGGAGGAGUAUCAUAACGGCAUGGGUCCCGCGAGAAACGGAUACGCUGUGCAACGUCCCAAUGGCACCCUCAACUAUGCCGCGCCGCCACCCGUUCCCAUGAAGCAAGGCCCGCCAGCGCCGCCAGCGCACGCGAACAAGCCCAUCAAACUCACGAAGUCGAACGAUGCUCCAAACAGUGACAGUAGCCCCGCGGUCACACAAAACCAGAGUAACGAGAAGCGGAAGAGCUGGUUUAAAAGACGGUUCAGCAAAGACUAG